AUGUCUGUUCGAGAUGGUGCCCGUUUUGACUUCAUUGUCGUUGGUGGCGGUACUGCAGGCAAUAUAGUUGCUGCUCGGCUGGCUGAGAACCCUGCAGCUCGCAUUCUCAUUGUCGAGGCCGGUAUUGGCAGCUCUCAGGAUAAUGAUGAGAUUCGGACUCCGGGACUCGCUAUGGACUUGCGAGGCUCUCAAUACGACUGGGCUUUCAAGACAACCAUGGUCAAGCGUGACGACUAUGAGCGUGUUGAGAAGCCCAAUACUCGCGGCAAGGCCUUGGGUGGUAGCUCUUCUUUGAAUUACUUCUCCUGGGUACCUGGAUCCAAAGGUACCUUUGACUUGUGGGAGAAGUAUGGUGGUAAAGAGUGGACCUGGGACCCUCUUGUCCCCUACCUUCGCAAGAGUGUCACCUACCAUGAUGACGCCGGGGUAUACUCUCCCGAGCUGAAGAAGAUUGGAGCGGGAGGCCCUAUUCCAAUUGCACACGCCAACCUAAUGCCUGAGAUGAAGGGCUUCCGUGAGCUACUCACAAGGGCCUGGAAGUCUACAGGAGAGCCCGUCUCCGAGAACAUCUUCGACGGUGAAAUGCGCGGUCUUGUGCAUAGUGUCAACACUAUCUACCAGGGUCGUCGCUCUGGUAGUUUCCUAGCAAUUGCUGGAAAGUCUAAUAUCACCGUUCUACCCGAGGUCUACUCCAAGUCUCUUAUCAUUGAUAAGGCUGAUCGGUCUGCUAAGGGUGUUACUGUGAUUACCUCUUCUGGUCAAGAGCUCAACUUCUACGCUGAGCGCGAAGUCAUCGUGUCCCAGGGUGUGUUUGAAACCCCAAAGCUUCUUAUGCUGAGUGGUAUUGGACCAGCCGGAGAACUGAAGAAGCAUAACAUUCCCGUUCUUGUGGAUUCUCCUCAUGUUGGCCAGCAUCUACUCGACCACCCUGGUGUUCCAUUCGUCCUCCGUCUCAAAGAUGAGUUCUCCAUGGACAGCCAUGUCCUGCGCAAGGGUCCCCUCCAGGAUAAAGUCCUGGCUGCCUACUCUAACGGUCACGCUGGUGCCAUGGGCUCUCCCUUCCUCGAGAUGAUUGGAUUCCCUCGAAUUGACAAGUACCUCGAAAAGUCGCCCGAAUAUCGCCAGGCGAAGGCCGCCAAUAACAAUCUUGAUCCAUUCUGUCCCUACGGCCAGCCUCAUUUUGAGCUUGACUUCAUCCCCCUUUUCGGAAGUGCGUUCCAAUGGCACUUCCCCCAUCCCCGACAGGGUAGUUACAUGACUGUCAUGGUUGAUCUCGUUCGCCCCGUCUCCGAGGGCGGCGAAGUAACCCUGAACAGCGCCGACCCUCUUCAGCAAGCCAACAUCAACCUUAAUUACUUCAGCAAUGAUCUUGAUAUCAUCGCUAUUCGCGAAGGCAUCAGAUUUGCCUACGAUGUCCUCAAGCAUGGAGACGGUUUCAAGGAUAUCGUUGAAGGUGAAUACCCCUGGGAUAUGCCGCUGGAUGAUGAUGAGGCCAUGAAGAGAACUGUUCUCGAUCGCUCCCAGACAUCCUUCCACCCUUGCGGUACUGCUCGUCUUUCCAAGGAUAUCCAACAGGGUGUUGUCGAUGCCGGUCUUAAGGUGCACGGCAUUCGCAAUCUCCGUGUUAUCGACGCUUCUGUUAUCCCGGAGAUUCCGGAUUGCCGUAUCCAGAACUCAGUGUACAUGAUCGCCGAGAAGGGUUCGGAUGCUAUCAAGGGUGACCAUGCGGAUCUUUACCGGUAA